AUGCAGCGCAGCGCUGUUCCCGUUCUUACAAGUGGGUACUACAUGCGCUGUCAGCACAAUUAUAAAAAGGUCAGAAUGGAUCUUGCUCAAAGUCUGCUGAAUAUGUCUAAUGAGUCUUUACAUGGAAACGACACGUCCGUUCAGCAGUUCUAUAAUCCAGGAGAUAGAUCUUUACUCCAAAAUUUUCAUAUUAUAGAAAAUAUAUCACUGACUUUAUACGUCAUCAUUUUUGCUCUUGGGAUUAUCGGUAAUGGAUUGGUCAUCUGGAUUGCCGGAUUCAGGAUGAUGAAGACGAUCAGUGCCACCUGGUUCCUCAACCUGGCCAUUGCAGACUUCCUAUGCUGUUUUUCUCUUAUUCUGAGAAUUUUAGAUUUCUUAUUUAAAAACCGUAUUUAUUGCGUAUCAAAUAUUAUUCUUUUCCUUCUAAACAUGAGCGCCAGUGUUCUUCUCCUGACGGCCAUGAGUAUUGACCGCUGUGUAUCCGUCAUGUGGCCAUUUUGGGCUAAAAUUCAUAGGACACGAAAACUAGUGAGGAUCAGUGCGGCCAUCAUCUGGGUGUUGAGUGUUCUCUGGACUGUUUUCGUGUUCAUGUAUUAUGAUCGUAAUUAUAUGAACUUUACAGAAUGGCAUGUCUUUGUAUGGAGAAAUACCAUUGAUUUUCACUCCGAUAUAUUUCAGCCCAUUCUGCUGACCCGGUUAUUUACAAUGUUUGUGAUCCCUUUUCUCAUCAUCUUGAUCAGUUAUGUCAUCAUUUACUUCAAACUGAAAAACACUAAGAGAUCCCGGAGAUCCCAGAGGCCGUACAGGAUCAUCACCGCCAUAAUAUUGUGUUUCUUUCUCUGCUGGUUCCCAUAUUAUAUCUGGCCAUUGACUCCCAUGUAUUAUGAAAUAAGCCAUAGAGCCUUUAUUAUUGAUAUUAUUGUUGUUAAUCUCGCUUGUUUUAACAGUUGUAUCAAUCCAAUUAUUUAUGUAUUUAUGAGUCAAGACAUUAAACCUGGUUUCUUUAGAUCUAUCUCCUCCAGGAUAAAUGAAGCCUUAAAUGACCAACCCAAUGACCUGAGCAGAGAAGGAGAGAAUGAUCAUCAUGGUUAA